AUGUCCUCUUUUUUACGCCACAUCGCGUAUUCUUCGUCAAGUACCGAACGAGGGUUGUUUAAAUGUUCCACUUCAUCUUCUUCGUCUCGUAAAUUGUCUUCGUAUCGCUGUAAAGCCGCCUCAAUCGGGGCGACGGCGAGCGACGAGACGUCGUCGACAUCAUCAUCGGAAAGCGCUACGAAUGAAAAGAAGAACGACGCUUUAGUCCAAACGUUGACUUCAAAUUCGGACUUUUCCUCGCUCGUGGAAGCGGUUUCGAGAGCGGACAUGUUAAACGCGGUGAGUUCAAUGGACUCCGGGACGAUUUUCGUGCCGACGAACGCCGCGUUCGAGAAGUUUUGUGAAAAGAAAGGCUUGAGUCGAGAGCAGAUGUUGACGAGAGAAAAUUUGGCGGAUAUUUUAAGCUACCACGUGAUCCCGUCCUCGGCGAUGUCGAGCGAGGAAGUGAUGUCGAGAGAGGAAUUAGAAACGCUGAGUGCUGGGAAAGUUUUGACGACAAGAGAAGUGCGAGAGGCGAACGUGUCGAAAGCGGACGUUUCGUGCGGCGGCGUGACGGUACACGUCGUCGACGAGGUGCUGACGCCGGUGUUUUCGGUACCGGCGGACAUGCAGUCACCGCAGGAUAUUUUGGCGCUGAGCACGGAUCCGACGAAACCAUCUGGGUGGGCUCCGGAAGUUCUGAAUGGGCGAGUUGCCAUGCUCGGGUUUGUCGUGGCUUUGUAUGGAGAGAUUACCACCGGGCACGGCAUCGCGCAACAGUUUGGCGAGAACUUUGGCGAGGUGUUGCACACGGCGUUCGUGUGGACGUUGGCGUCGUUUGCGCCGGCGUUGUCCAGUAACGAAGGGUACACGAGUAACCCGAAGACGAUGAAAGAUUCGAGAACGUGGAAUUUUGUGUUUAAAGGGUCGCCGAUUCCAGAGUUUGUGCAACCGGUGUUCACCGCGGAGGUCGAGGAGUUGAACGGAAGAGCGGCGAUGGUCGGAUGCACCGCGCUGUUCUUGGUCGAAUUGUUUAAAGGCUCUGCUUUGUUUUAA